AAAUUAGAGCAACCAAAAACCCUUCUUCGUCCCAUCAUCAUCGUUUUCCUUACCUCCAGGUAGUAAUCAUGAUUAUGCCCUAAAAUCCUGUCUUGUCUACAACUACCAUGCCCGUCAUAGUCCAAGCUCCCUCAUGCUGCUUUUGGCCUAAUCUAAACCCCAUUUCGAACCCCGCGAUUAGACCCAUUCCUGCUAAUUCCUUUUCCAUAACCCCUCCUCUUCAUUUCUUGAAAACUAACAAUUUUCAUAGUCCCAAUGUCACCUCAGCAAAGGGCCAUCGUUUUUUCAACACUGCUUCUGUAAGGGCAGCAGCUUCUGCAAGAGCUGAUUAUUAUUCCACUUUGAAUGUCAGUAGAAAUGCCACUUUACAAGAAAUCAAAAGCUCCUACAGAAAGCUGGCGCGCAAGUAUCAUCCAGACAUGAACAAGGGAGCUGGAGCUGAAGACAAGUUUAAAGAAAUAAGUGCUGCCUAUGAGGUCCUAUCAGAUGAUGAGAAAAGAUCUUUAUAUGAUCGCUUUGGUGAGGCAGGUUUGCAAGGAGAAUUUGAUGGCUCUGGCAGUGGUUCGCAAGAGGUGGAUCCUUUUGAAAUAUACAACACCUUCUUUGGUGGUUCAGAUGGGUUUUUUGGUGGAAGGGGUGGAGAUGGCGUGCUUAACUUCAAUUUCAGAAAUAUGGGGAACCAGGAUCUUGACAUUCGGUAUGAUCUGUAUUUGAGCUUGGAAGAAUCAGUUUUUGGAGGACAGCGAGAAAUUGAAGUUUCUUUUUUUGAGACAUGUGAUAGCUGCAGUGGUACUGGUGCUAAAUCUAGUAGCUGCAUAAAAUCAUGUGCUGAUUGUGGAGGUAGAGGAGGGGUGGUGAAAACUCAAAGAACACCAUUUGGUAUGAUGUCUCAGGUUUCUACUUGCGCAAAAUGCUCUGGUGAAGGCGAGGUGAUUACUGACCACUGCCGAAAAUGUGGUGGAAAUGGUAAAAUAAGGUCAAAGCGAAGCAUGAAAGUGGUCUUCCCAGCUGGUGUCAAUGAUGGAGCUACAAUGAGAAUUCAGGGCGAGGGUAGUUUCAACAAGAAAAGGGGCAUUGCUGGUGAUCUGUUUAUAAGCCUCCAUGUCAAUGAAAAACAAGGGAUUUGGAGAAAUGGUCUCAAUCUUUACUCAAAGAUCAAUGUUGAUUAUACUCAGGCAAUUCUGGGGACCGUCUUAAAGGUUGAGACUGUCGAGGGUUUGAAAGAUCUUCAAAUUCCUUCUGGGAUUCAGCCUGGAGAUGUUGUAAAAUUGUUACGUUUGGGAGUUCCAGACAUCAAUAAACCUUCUGUUCGAGGUGAUCAUCACUUUAUUGUGAAUAUUCUGAUCCCCAAAGAUAUCAGUAACAAGGAACGAGUGCUUGUCGAGGAACUGGCUUCACUCAAGUCUUGCAGCAAGGAACAUGCAAUUUCUUCUAACAGCUCUGGCACAUUCGAAAGCAACAACGAUCACAUUAGAGAUCCAAAAGACAAUGCUUCAGGUCAUAGGGUCAAAUCCACUGCGUCUCUGUGGAACUCGAUUAAAGGCUUCUUGGGGCAAAAGCAAUCACGGGAAAGGUUUGCCUCUGUCACCAUGACCAACACAUCACUGUUGUGGAGAUCUCGCAAACCGGAUUUUUCCAUCAUGUUGUCUGUAAUUACAGUUUCAGUUCUAACUUGUGUUUUAACCUCCAUGCGAAAGAUACAAAGGAACAAUUCCUCGCAUAUACAGAACAUUAGGAAGAAAUGAUUUUCAGCUGAGGUCAAUGUUUUUGAGAAACGUGAUAUGAGGUAGUCUUUGCCCAUACCUGUAAUAGAUGUAAUGGGAUCGGAUGCAUUUUAUUUAUUUCCUGGCAUCUUUCCCUUAGAUUUAUCGUCGUCAAGGGCUGGCAUGAAGAUUAGAUUGUUCUUAGCAUGUAGAUGCCGCUUUCAAUAGCUCAAGCCUAUACGUAUAUGUAUUUUUUCAUUGGUUUUACAAGUAACUUCACUGUCUGCCGAUUCAUCGGAGCUCAUCAUUCUUGUAAUCAAAACUUAGUGUGAUAGUGAUUCUCAUCAUUUUUACUUUGAAUAA